CCAAGAUGGUGGACGGAAGGGCAUAAGUGACAGUAGUACUGGCGGUCGCCUUCGACCACUAACUUACUUCCAUCCCAGACGUUGAGCAGUUCGCGUCGAUUGAGAGACGAGCCUAUCAGAAGAGAUCGAGAGAGAUCGGGUUUUCUUUAGUUCGACUGAUUUCACGACCUGGCAUCAUGUGGCUUCUGACCGGAGGAAUAGUCGUUCUGUGUGUCGUCUUGUCCACGGCGACACCUGUCACCAGCGGCGAGGACUCUAUUGCCCAGUUGGCUGAGACUGUGCAGAAUCUGGUGGACUCGGAAACAGAGAUGAAGGACAGGCUCCUGCAAGCGACUAACGCCCUGGUCGAGUCCCAGUCAGCCCUUCAGAAGCUCCUGAGUGGCUCUGGGAAGGUAGAUCUACUCAGCGUUUCCGCUUCCAAAGGAGGAGAGGACGAUAUGGUUCUGAAGACCCUCGCUGACGAGAUCAUGCUCGCCCUGAGGCAGUUCCGGUCUAAAACCAACAGCUCCGCCAUGCCCGUUUCCAGAGGCGGUUCAGUGCUCCAGCAAAUCCUGGACGAGCUGAAGGACCUCAACGGCCAUUUCCAGUCUCAUCUCGCAUCCCUAGCGUGCCCCCCGCCCUUCGUCAUGAUCGGCCAGGACUGCUACAACUUCAUCCUAGAGGACAUGACCUGGGCAAACGCCAGGAACGCCUGCCUCCAGAUAGGAGCUGACUUGGCCCAGCCUUCUAACGUUACGGCGCUGAAGAACUUCGUCGGAAACAGAUACCCGCGCAAGGGUCGACGGAACUUCUGGAUCGGCGGCAUCUACAGCGAGAAGGUCUGGCAAUGGCUCUCAGGAGACCUGGUCGACGACAGCCACUGGCACGUAAACGAGCCCUCCGGUAAUGGCGCCUGCCUGGCCAUGUUCGACGGCUGGGAGAACCCCUUCUCAGACUUCCCUUGUGAGAACGAGCGCCGAUCCAUCUGCAAACGGUUCUAAGAACUUCGGUCUUCGGCCUACAAGCCGCCACCACCGUCGUCAUCUGCUAAUCUCGGCUUACGAUCUGCAAAAGGGAUCUGGACUAUCAAGCAUCAUGACAUCUUCAGCUCUUGCUAAAUAUUGGCCAACAUCAAUCACGCCAUCUACACGUACUGCAUCGGUUCGAAACAUCGUACUACAGACUUCAAGCUAAUUUGAAACUCACCAUCUUCAAUUAGUUCUAAACAUCAACUAAUUUGAAACUCAUCGUCUAAAAAUUGUUCUAAACAUCGGCUAAUUUGAAACCCAUCGUCCAAAAAUUGUUCUAAACAUCCGCUAAUUUGAAACCCAUCGUCUAAAAGUUGUUCUAAACAUCGGCUAAUUUCAAACUCAUCGCCCGAAAGUUGUCUUAAACAUUGGCCUAAACCAGGCCCCGUUAUCGGCAAGCAGUUCUGUAAAGUGGCCAGUUUCUUGCAACUCAUCAACAAACAGAUCUAUAAGCACUGUAGAAUAUCAGGCGAGCCAUUUGCAAACAGCUUUAGUUUUAUUAAUUUCAUGCGAGACCUCCGCUAUACUGUCUCAAAGUAUCAAAGUCUUUUAGACGCAUCAUCUGCUUAAACCUCUGAAAACACCAACUUCAGAGCAACGAAUCUCAGGAAGACUUUAACUUGUUGGGAAAACUAGGACACGUUAGUCAUCAACACCUUUUCAAGAGCUUUAAAUUGUGAGCGUUGGUAGUUAGCAGCUACAGAAGCGUUUUUGAGAAUUAGGCUUCAUAUGGGCCUAUAACUGUCACGCUUCUGUCAGUUCGCUGAAGUUCGACGUUGCCAUCAAAAGGUGAAAGAAUUCAUGACCUUAAGUAGUUAGGAUCUAUAUUUCAUAUUUCUAAGGUAAGAACUGCACAAGAAUUAAGAGCCCGGGUCGUCUUAAAGUCAACUAAAUAAAAAAUUAAAAAAUCAAUAAAACUGCAUUCAGUUAAAUUUUAUAUUCAUGUAAUCAAAUGAACACAUAGCGGGGCUAUAGAGUUAUAUAGCAUUUCCACAAUAAAAACUUGGUUUGAACUGUAAACUCGAACAUGAGAAUGAUGCUCUAAUGACAACCAUAUUCUUUGGAAACUUGAAUUUCAAGUCAUUGGUUCCUUUGGUAGGCCUGUCCCAAAUGAAAAGGGUUCAUCUUAUGAAUGAUAACAAUAAUGAUAAUGUUGUAUACAUAAUGAGGCGCAAGAAAACGGAAAAUUAUGCUAAAAAAAGAAGAAAAUAAGCAGGUUUGUAACACAUUUUACUUAACAAAAAAUCCUGAAUUCCGGAAGGCGAUAUGAGGUUAAUAAAUGUGAAUCAUUAAACAAAAACUUAGUCAUUUCAGUGUAACCUAAAGCUGAGAUCUUCAAACACAUCAAUUUUGUUUCUUGUAGAUUGUCUUGCACGGAGAUCCAAGACAAGAUAAAUUCUAAACAUCUCAUUUUCUGUUUGAUGGAUCGUGAAUAGACAAAAUUCACACAAUGAUAAUGUAAUUUUGACGAGAUCAAUAAAGAUUAUCUCAAACUUUCAAAAGAACUUGAA